AUGGACAGCCUUUUUAACGGCGGGCCGUAUGUCAACAAGCUACUCUUGAACGCCAUAUAUUUCUCGAUCUUUCCAUACAGCGACAGAGAUUCUUUACGCGCGGACCCUGAACAUCCACAGUCCUUGGGGAUGAAAUUCUAUAAUCGGUUCAAAAGCCUGGUUGUUGACUACAUCGAUCAGCCAAGUAUUGCAACAGCCGUGGCCUUCCUUACAUGUGGAUCUAGCCUAGUACCACAUGGAAAGCAAAGCGCUGCCUGGGUGUUCUGUGGUAUCGGGUAUAGAAUGAUCAUGGACCUUGGGUACCAUUUGGAAGAUCCCUAUCCUGAUACCGAAUCUGGGGUCAGAUUGGCAGCGAUUGAGAUUGAACUCCGCAGAAGGCUUUACUGGGGAGCCUUUGUCACGGACAAAUUCCAGUCACUCUUUCAAGGCCGACCGCCCAUGCUACACUCUUCUUUCUCUCGGAUCUCGCACGAGUAUCUAGACACGUAUGAGGAAUUGGAACUUUGGAGUCCGUACAGGGAUCCGCUUGUCCAGAACCCUGACACCAGCGCUCCAGGAUACAUGCCUCGGCCAUCAUAUGCACUGACCACUUUUGAAGCUUUACGAAAAUUGUGUGAAAUAACAUGCCAGAUUAUUGAUGGCUUCUAUUCUAUCAACAGCCCUGGGAUGUCCCGAGAAAGCCUCCUACAAGCAAGAAAUGGAGUAAGGGACCAGCUCCGUGACUGGAAGGAUAGCCUUCCUCAACACCUUCAGUUCGAACCAUCGAUCGACCCGACUCCUCCACCACAUCAAAUCACGCCACACACAACAUACUGGGCUCUAAUAAUCCUUGUGGAACAAGCAUUCCUGAAACCAGACCACUUCCAAUUCAAACUUGCGCCAGCCUCCGAGCUCGAGUCAAAGAAAGUGUGUAUUGAAGCUGCUCUCAAGAUAUGGGGCCUUGUACAAGCCUAUAAGAACGCUUUUACUCUCCGACGGGCCCAAUACGGCAUUUCGUACGCUACCUACUGCGCCGUUCUCGUCCUUCUACACCACACGGACCAGAGCUCUGGUGAAUAUGCGGAUUGUAUUCGUUUCUUCUGGUCCGCGCUGCUUGAGUACCAACGUGGCUGUAGCUUCGGUCUGAAGAAGCCGUUAAAAAUCCUACGAUCUCUAAUACACCGCCUCAAUGGGAUGACCUCAGGAGGGUCGGAUCAAAGUGAUGCGGGUAUCACAGCUGCUCUUGACCUAAAUUAUACGGGACCUGACUUUCAGUCAAUGCUAGAGCCGCUCGCUAGAGCAGAAGCAGAUGCCUGGGUCAAUUCAUGGUUGAAUACUGCCCCCGAAGAGGGUUGCUUGGCGAAUGAGACUAUCUUCGGUCUUUUCAUGACGGAGUAA